AUGUAUCCUCUGAAGGUGUACUUCGCAGGAUGCUCAGCGUUGAACGUGGGGGCGCUAUUCAAGACGUUUACAAGAUUCACUACGUUCGACAAAGCUUGCCAGCUGAUGAGAGAUCCCAGUCUACCGUCUACCGCGCCCAUUUCCGGCCCCAGACUGCUGGCAGCCGGUACCGUCACAGGCUUCAUGGAGAGUUUGUGGAUCAUUCCUUUUGAAAACAUCAAGACCACGAUGAUUGAAAACUCUUUGGCACAUUCAAAUGGUACUGUAGCUGCCAAAGAAGUCGAGGCGCCCAGGUCAAGACCUAGUUUCCACAAGGCUGCAGUUCCGCUCAGCCCCAGAGAAGCAGCAUUCUUACAGUACGAAAAGAGUCCGCCUUUGCACUUUUUCCCUACAAUAAAAGAGAUUUAUGUGACCAGGGGACUACGGGGCUUCCUUCAAGGUGCGAUGCCCACCAUUUUUAGGCAAAUCGGAAACUCAGCUGUGAGAUUUACUACUUACACGACCUUGAAGCAAUUAAUUGCGCCCAACAAAGCCCUGAAUGAAUACUACGCUUUUGGGCUUGGAGUAAUCUCCUCGUGUGCGGUCGUCGCAAUGACGCAACCCAUCGAUGUGGUCAAGACAAGGAUGCAAAGUAAGUAUAGUUGGAAAACUUACAAGAAUUCCGUCAACUGCGCCUACAGGAUAUUCGUUGAAGAAGGCUUUACCAAGCUCUGGAAAGGAUGGACUCCUAGGCUGUUCAAAGUGGGACUAUCCGGAGGAGUGUCGUUCGGAAUCUAUCAGUACGUCGAAAACCUCAUUGCUGCAAUGAGACAUGAAGGAUAUCUAAAGUGA